AGCCACUCUCUAAUUCAUACGCCUUCCAAUCUUUUCUUUCCCACGCUCUCCUACCAAAACUUCCCAAAACAGGGCAAAAACAACAGAGAAGAACAGAGGAGAGGAAAAAAAAAAAAAAGAGAAUGGCUCUCGGGAAAUCCAGCAAGCUUUCUCAAGCGGCGGUGGUCAAGAAGAUCGUGAGGAGGUGUUCCAGCUUCGGCAGGAGCAAGCACGCCUGCGAUCAAGAGGGCCUUCCUCUGGACGUGCCCAAAGGCCACUUCGUCGUGUACGUCGGGGAGCGCAGGAGCCGGCACGUCGUCCCCAUCGAUUUCUUGACCAGGCCAGACUUCCAGAGCCUGCUCCAGCAAGCCGAGGAGCAGUUCGGGUUCCACCACGAGACGGGCUUGACGAUACCGUGUGGUGAGGAGGAAUUCGUGUCUCUCUGCUUCGGUCACAGAGAAGAGUUCCGGUCUCCGAAACAGAGUCUCAGAUAGGGAAAAAAAAGGUGGGCAUUGGGUUUGGCCUUCUGGGUUUAGUUCCUUUUUCAAAUUUUUUUAGGGGUUGGGCUGAUAUGCGAAUCUACUCUCUGUUUUUAAGAGUUUCCUCGUGUUGGUGUGGAGUGGAAGGUGCGCCAUUGUUGCCUUACCUACCCUGCGAGAGAACUCAAAUUUUACUGAUCUUGGGGACGACUCUGUUUUCCCUGAGUUUUAGUGUUUCCAUACUCGCCCUAUAUCUUUAUGAAUCGAUCUUUUCUGUGCAGAUUCUGUAAUCUUCGUGUUGCUGAUACAUGUAGAUUGUUACUGGCAACAAGUAAACCAUCGAUGUCAUUCGCAGAAUUUGAUU